UCUAGUCAGUUUUCUGUCGCUAUGAAUCAGGCUUAGUAGUGGGCUCGCUAGGUUUGUUUCUCUCUUGGUGGCAAUCUUUCAUCUGCACAUAUUUUGGCAAACCACACUGGAGUGAGCAGAGACAGACAAUGGACUAAGAAAGGGUUGGUGUUUAACCAACCUUUUAUCCGAAAGACGAGAGGGGGUUUAAACAAAAAAAAGAGAGAGACAGAGCCGUGGUUGUACUGUGAACUAUGAUGACGUUAUCCUUAAUCGUAGAAGAGUCGUUGUAUGUAAACAAACAACAUCAGUGGGGCGUGUCUAAUUUUCGCCUAACCACUUGAUUGGUGAUUGAGUAUGAUUGACCGUGGGAUUGAACCAAACAGAGAGGCAAUUUCGCAAACGUUAGGAAAUCGGAAGUUUAGGGAAGCGACUUCAACAGCCCCAAAUUGUGGUCUCCGUGGCUGAGGUCCCAGACCAUGAACUACGUGGGCCAGCUAGCGGAGACGGUGUUUGUGACGGUGAAGGAGCUGUACCGCGGCCUGAACCCGGCUACGCUGACCGGCGGCAUCGAUGUCAUCGUUGUGCGGCAGCCCGAUGGCAGCCUGCAGUGCUCCCCCUUCCACGUGCGCUUUGGCAAGCUGGGCGUGCUGCGCUCCAAGGAGAAAGUGGUGGACAUUGAGAUCAAUGGGGAGGCUGUGAACCUCCAUAUGAAGCUGGGAGACAACGGGGAGGCCUUCUUUGUGGAGGAGCAUGAGGACUCAGAGGACAGGGUCCCACCACACCUGUGCACGUCCCCGAUUCCCAUGAAGCCAGGUGAGGCCUCAGACGGGGAGGAGCCCCGCGGGUCGGGCAUGACGGCCGCCUCCCGACGCAAGAAGCGGCGGCGGAAACGAGCACGUGCAGACUCAAAUCGCCCCAUCGACGACGACAGCUCCUCCUCCGACCUCCCCGAGCAAGAGGAGGAGUCGGCCCUCAUCGCCAGCAAGUCUGUGUACUUCUCCGUGUCUGAAGGCACUAUUGAUGAGUUGACCACGUGCGCUUCUCAGGCAUGGGAUAACCACCCCCACUCGGAAGGAGAACUGUCACCCAACGAGAGCAGUGUGUUCCUGAGUCGGCCCUCCUCCCCCAAGAGUGACUCUGAGCUGCUGGUCAGACAGGAGUCUCUGGGGCCGCAGAUGCAGUGGUGCUGGGGGGGCUUCCCAAAGGUAUGUCCUUCUGAGAGGUCCUCUGCGGACUCCCAGCGCACCCCGACCUCCCCCAUCACCCCCUCCGAAAACUCCCACUUCCGCACCAUCCAGCGGCAGGACUCCUUUGACCUGGGCUGCCCAGACCCCUCCGCACCCCCGGCUAUCGCCUCCUCCUCCAACUCCUCCUCCACCGCCAGUGGCUCUCCAGUCACCCUGAUCAGGCCACAGCCCCGCACCCCCCUCACGGACUCCCACCCCACCAACUCUGCCUUUUCCUUCAUCACCCACUCCACCCCCCAGAGCCCAGACGCCCACCAGCCCCAGCCCCAGUGCCUCCUGCCCAGCCCACCCCAGGUGGAGACCCUUACGUCUGGGGAGGAGGUGCAGCAGCAGACCUCCCCCUCCUCCUCCGCCUCCCCCACCGUCUCCCCCUGCCUCCUCCAGUCUGCUCCGGGGUCUCCGGAGGACCCGACCGACUUGGAGCCCACGGACCACAGUGGAGCGACCUCCUCUGACAACGGCGGUCACUCCUCCUCUACCACCAUAAGCAGCUCCAGCUGCUCCAGUUUGCACAAUGUGGAGCUCACGUUGGACAGCGUGGACGUUGUGGGCAGCACCCCGACAUCCAGUUUCUCCCCGGAGACUGUAGGCCCUACCGUGGAGCUGGAUGCUGGGGAAGGAGAAGGGCCCAGUAGCUCUCCGGAUGCAGACAGCGGCAUAGAGCCCUGUGCCGAGGGAUUGGAGGAGGACGAGCUGAGGGGGGGCUCUCGGCGAACGCCCACCAAUCAGGAGGAAGAAUGCCCAGGACGGGCGGAGAGCGGCGAGGAUUUGGGCCAAUCGGAGGAGCGUCCCGGCUCCGCAGGGUCUGGCUCCAAAUCGUCAGAUGGCCAGGGCAAGAAGAAAGGUAAGCGCAGUCAGCACCUGGGCCCCUCUGAUAUCUACCUGGAUGACCUCACCAAGCUGGACCCUGAGGUUGCGGCUCUCUACUUCCCAAAGAGUGAGUCUGAGUUGGCCGGCAGGCCUGGUGCUGACCAGUCUCCCCAGUCUGGUAACCAGUCUCCCCAGUCUGUGGGCAGUGCCAACAUGGACAGUGGUACUGAGUACCUGUCUGAUGGACCUGCCGACACGCUGGAUGUCACCAUGUCCCUCUGCGGCAGAGACAAGGGCAUGAGCCAGAUCAACAAAGAGAAGUUCAUGGAGCACGUGGUCACUUUCCAGCAGUUUGUGAGCAACCCGGGGAUCAUCGAUGACCCUAACCUCGUCAUCUGCAUCAACAACAAGUACUACAACUGGGCUGUGGCUGCUCCCAUGAUCCUCUCUAUGCAGGCCUUUCAGAGGAGACUUCCCAAGAGCACAGUGGAAAAGCUGGUGAAGGAUAAGAUGCCAAAGAAGUCUGGAGGCUGGUGGUUCUCCUGGCGCAGGAAGGACAUGAACUCCAGCGAGCGGGCGGACUCCAAGACUGAGCAGCACGCACAGACUGAUGCAACAGACCCCCUGUCUGCUCCCUCCACCUCAAGGCAGGCUUCAGAGGAGUCCGUGCAGUCCAGUACAGAGAGGAGGCCCUCUGUGACUCCAGGCACCCCAACCCGCUCCGCAGGCGCCCCGCUCACCCCCACCCUCACCCUCACCACGGAGCAGUGCAUCAGCCAGAUGUACCGCAAGUCCCUCCGCCUCACCUCACACCAAAUAGAGCAGCUGAACCUGCGUGAGGGGGCCAAUAAGGUGGUGUUCAGCGUGACGACUCAAUACCAAGGCACCUGCCGGUGUGAGGCCGCCAUCUACCUGUGGAACUGGGACGACCGAGUCAUCAUCUCAGACAUCGAUGGCACAAUCACUAAGUCUGAUGCCCUUGGGCACAUUCUACCUCAGCUGGGCAAAGACUGGACACAUCAUGGCAUUGCCAAACUGUACCACAAAAUUCACAAGAAUGGCUAUAAGUUCCUGUACUGCUCUGCGAGGGCCAUUGGCAUGUCGGCCAUUACUAAGGGCUACCUGCAGUGGGUGAAUGAUGAGGGGGUGGUGCUUCCCAAGGGGCCAGUACUGUUGGCUCCAAGCAGUCUCUUCUCCGCUCUGCACAGAGAGGUAAUUGAGAAGAAGCCAGAGGUGUUUAAGAUCGCGUGCCUGAACGACAUCAGGUACCUGUUCAACCCCCAACAACGGCCCUUCUACGCUGCCUUUGGCAACCGCACCAACGAUGCAUACGCAUACAAGGAGGUUGGAGUUUCGAAGACCCGCAUCUUCACUGUGAACCCGAAGGGGGAGCUGAUUCGCGAGGAGAGCAAAGGGAACAAAUCCUCGUAUGCUCACCUGAGCGAGCUGGUGGAGCACGUUUUCCCCCUCAUCUGCCGCAACACGAGCUCCUCCGCCUCCUUCCACUACCCAGAGUACAGCCAGUUCGCCUACUGGAGGGAACCACUGCCCUCUGUGGACCUGGAGUCCGUUUAAGAGCCCUCCUGUCCCUCCUGCCUCUCAAACUGCCACCAAGCACCCCCCCCCCCCUUCUCCUUUCCAUAGAUAUGAACACUAGGUACCACACUCCUUUGCAUUGGAAAGAAUGGCUGAAGUCAGAUUGCCUCCAUGUUUAGCCUGCCGUAUAACGCUGCCAUCAAUUGGUGAUAAGGCGAUACACACAUUGUCCUGUAGGUGGCGGUAAAACUAUAUCUAUGAAAAAACACAUGAAUACCGUACCAAGAUGGCAGUGCCCUGGGUUGGCCCACGCCAAAAGCCUGCACAUGGCAUCUAGAAUUAAUAUAUAUGCUGCCUUUCAAACAGCUGCCUCUCCCCCCAGUGCAGUCCUGUGGUGCCCCAAAACAAUACAAUACAAUCUCUCUCUCUCUCUCUCUCUCUCUCUCUCUCUCUCUCUCUCUCUCUCUCUCUCUCUCUCUCUCUCUCUCUCUCUCUCUCUCUCUCAGCCUCACAUCUGGGGUUGAUAACUCAAAUGAUACUCUGCUGUUCUGUGGCACUCAUUUCCCUAUGUACACAAAGUCUUCCUUUAUCACUACCCCCCUUCUUGCC